UUCCCUUCCCUUCGUCCUUUCGGUGCUCCUUUUUUUCCUCAAACAUGCGCAACCAUUUCUGGUGAAGCCGGCGAGAAGGGGGGGAGGAGGACAAGGGAAAGCUAGGACAGAAGGGAAUAAGUAAAAAGCGAACCAGGUGCCGGCGGCGGCGGAUGACGACUACCAACGACGGGCGCAUCCCCCUCGACUUCCUGGGGACGGUCGGGAAGAGGGACGAGGUGGAGGAGGGGGAAGGGAAAGGGGCGUUGGAGGAGAAGCAGCGGGGAGAGGCUGCGUCGGAAGCCACCGCGGGCGACGGCGAGCGAGCGAAGGUACCCAGUGGCGGCAGCAUCCGCGACAGUUUCAACCUCUUCAGCAGCUAUUUCCGGGAGAGGGGGAAGGAGAAGGAAGGAUCGGCGGGCGGCAGGCCGUCGAUGGAGCAGCUCGGCUGGUUUCUGAAGCAUCACAACCCUUUGACGACCGGUCCUACUGCCACCGCCACCCAGGCGAACCGGUCCACGGCGGCGCAACAGAAUGGCGACCGUCCUCAACAGCUCACCAUAUUCUAUGGAGGCACAGUGAACGUUUUUGAUGACAUCCCCUCUGAAAAGGUUCAAGCUAUCAUGAUGCUUGCUGCUGUGAGUGCUGCGAAUGCAAUGAAGAACGCAGAGGAGCCAAAUGCGUCAGAGGGGACAGCUCGUCCCCUUUCUCGGUCUCCCUCGCUCCACAGCACUUCAAAUCAGGCUCUGCAUCCAAGCAAGCUGCCCAACCCCACCACCAAAGUCGUUCCACCGCUCUGCAAGUCCCAAUCUGACCUUCCCAUUGCCAGGCGGAACUCAUUCCAGCGGUUCCUAGAGAAACGCCGUGACAGCAGGCUGGCCAGCAAAGCACCGUAUCCUGAUGCGACAAAAGAAGGCAAUGACAAGGCAUUCGGCGGGGACGAGCAGGCAACGAAUGGACUGCUCCCCGGAGACGCCAGGAAUGGCUCCACUUGAGGAGGACUAUGCUUCUUCUCCCAACAUUGCUGCUGCUGCUGUUGCUGGAACUCAGACGCACCUAACACAGGCACCUGCCCUUCCUCACUGGGGUCCUAUGAAGGAGCUUUAGGGUCCUGCUCUCUUUUUAGUCUUUUUAAUUCCCUUUUCUGCUUGGACGGUGGUAAAGUUAGCAGAUGAGCGUCCUUCACGUAUUUGUCCAUAGUGACGGAUGAUCUUGUAUCAGGCUCACACUGGUGCCUGUGAGAGCUAAGUUAUCAUAAAUUUAUGGAUCUGAUGUGGUAUGACUUUGCAGAGCUAUUCUGAAUCAAACUUAGAAGCAAUGUAAGAUCCACAUUCCACA